CUCUGACUGAAGCUUGCAUCAUUUCACGUCUUUCUCGGCAGUCGGUGGCGAUUGACAACAUACGGACACCAUGGUGGAGCCAGUCCCAGAGACCAUCAACUUUCCCUCUGAGGAGGAGAAGAUCUUGCACUUUUGGCAAGACAAGGACUGUUUUCAUGAAUGCCUCAAACAGUCCAAAAACAGGCCCAGGUACACCUUCUAUGAUGGCCCUCCCUUUGCCACAGGUCUACCCCACUAUGGUCACAUUCUUGCUGGCACCAUCAAGGACAUUGUUACCCGCUUUGCCCAUCAGAGCGGCUUCCAUGUUGACCGACGGUUUGGCUGGGAUUGCCAUGGAUUGCCUGUGGAGUAUGAGAUUGAUAAGACCUUGGGUAUCAAAGGGCCUGAAGAUGUGGCCAAGAUGGGCAUCGCUGAGUACAACAAGCAUUGCAGAAACAUUGUCAUGAGAUACUCCAAUGAGUGGGAGAUUUCAGUGACACGAAUGGGCAGGUGGAUUGACUUCAAAAAUGACUACAAGACUCUGUACCCAUGGUUCAUGGAGACUGUCUGGUGGGUGUUCAAACAGCUGUAUGACAAGGGUCUGGUGUACCGAGGUGUCAAAGUGAUGCCCUUCUCCACUGCCUGCAGCACCCCUCUCUCUAACUUUGAGUCCAACCAGAACUACAAGGAUGUCCAGGAUCCCUCUGUGAUCGUUAAUUUUCCGCUGGUUGAGAAUCAAGAUAUUGCUUUGAUCGCGUGGACGACCACACCCUGGACACUGCCAAGCAACCUGGCUCUCUGUGUCAACCCAGAGUUCUUGUAUGUCAAAGUCAAAGAUAACACCACUGACAAGACCUACAUUAUGAUGGAGGCCAGGCUCGGAGCUCUGUUUAAGUCAGAGAGCGAGUACACACUGUUGGACAAAUUUCCUGGUAAGGUGCUAAAAGGGAAGAAAUACGUGCCUCUCUUCCAAUACUUUGCCGAGUGUGGGGAGAAAGGAGCAUUCCAGGUGGUGACGGAUAACUAUGUCAAGGAGGAGGAGGGCACAGGAGUGGUCCAUCAGGCACCUUACUUUGGAGCUGAUGAUCACAGGGUUUGCACUGAAUACAACAUCAUCCAGAGGGACCAGGCUCCUAUCUGUCCUGUGGAUGCCUCAGGCUGCUUCACAUUGGAGGUCACUGACUUUGCUGGACAGUAUGUCAAAGAUGCUGACAAGAACAUCAUCAAAUGGCUGAAGGAGAAGGGCCGCCUUGUCAAUGCCAGCAGUUUCAAACAUAGUUACCCCUUCUGCUGGAGGUCCGACACACCCCUGAUCUACAAAGCUGUCCCAAGCUGGUUUGUCCGAGUGGAGCACAUGGUGGACAAACUGCUGGAAAACAAUGGACAAUGCUACUGGGUUCCAGAGUUUGUGCGUGAGAAGCGUUUUGGGAAUUGGCUGAGAGACGCACGUGACUGGGCAGUUUCAAGGAACCGUUACUGGGGGACGCCAAUCCCACUCUGGGUCAGCGAUGAUUUUGAGGAGGUGGUGUGUGUUGGGUCUAUGGCUGAACUGGAGGAACUGACGGGGGUCAAAGUAACUGAUCUUCAUCGGGAGAACAUUGACAGUCUGACAAUCCCGUCCCGGCUUGGUAAGGGCACACUGCGGAGAGUCACGGAGGUGUUUGACUGCUGGUUUGAGAGCGGCAGCAUGCCGUACGCCCAGGUCCACUACCCUUUUGAAAACAGGAAGGACUUUGAGGACACUUUCCCUGCAGACUUCAUCGCUGAAGGCAUUGACCAGACAAGGGGAUGGUUCUACACUUUGUUGGUGCUCUCCACAGCCUUGUUUGGCAAACCACCCUUCAAGAAUGUCAUCGUUAAUGGUUUGGUCCUUGCCAGCGAUGGACAGAAGAUGAGCAAGCGCAAGAAGAACUACCCAGAUCCAGGGCUGAUAGUACAGAGCUAUGGAGCUGAUGCCCUCAGACUGUACCUCAUCAACUCUCCUGUAGUGAGGGCAGAGAAUCUGCGUUUCAAAGAGGACGGUGUGCGAGAUGUGUUGAAAGAUGUCUUCCUGCCGUGGUAUAACGCCUAUCGCUUUCUGGUGCAGAACGUACAGAGGUUGCAGAAGGAGGAUGAUAUUCUGUUUCUGUACAAUGAGAGCACAGCAAAGCAGAGCGACAACAUCAUGGACAAAUGGAUUCAGUCCUUCACACAGUCUCUCAUUCAGUUCUUCAAGGCUGAGAUGGAUGCUUACCGACUUUACACUGUCGUGCCUCGCCUGGUCAAGUUUGUGGACAUGCUCACCAACUGGUACGUGAGAACCAACAGACGCCGUCUGAAGGGAGAGAAUGGCACCGAGGACUGCCUGUGGGCGCUGGAAACCCUCUUCAGCGUUCUGUUUUCCAUGUGCAGGCUGAUGGCUCCAUUCACACCCUUCAUUACAGAGAUGAUGUACCAAAAUCUGAGUCACCUCAUUGACCCCACCUCUUUUGACGACAAGAACACCAGCAGCAUCCACUAUCUCAUGCUGCCUCAAGUCAGGGAGAGUUUAAUUGACAAGCGCAUUGAGAGUGCCGUCUCUCAGAUGCAGUCUGUGAUUGAACUGGGCAGAGUGAUCAGAGACAGAAAGACCCUGCCUGUCAAGUACCCACUGAAGGAGGUUGUAGUUAUUCACCAGGAUUCAGAGGCUCUGAAAAACAUCCAGGCCCUGCAGAAAUACAUCCUGGAAGAGCUGAACGUGCGACAGUUAACUCUGUCAACGGACAAGGACAAGUAUGGAAUCAGUCUGCGGGCUGAGCCUGACCACAUGGUGUUGGGCAAGAGACUAAAGGGAGCCUUCAAAGCGGUCACUGCUUCUAUCAAGGAACUCACCAACGAGCAGCUUGAGGUCUUUCAGAAGACAGGAUCCAUCAUGGUAGAUGGCCAUGAGCUCCACGAGGAGGACCUGAGGCUGAUGUACACCUUCAACCAGAGCUCGGACUCAGCUGCACAGUAUGAAGCGCACUCUGACGCACAGGUCUUGGUGCUGUUAGAUGUCUCCCCAGACCAGUCCAUGGUGGAUGAAGGCGUUGCCCGAGAAGUCAUCAACCGCAUUCAGAAACUACGCAAGAAGGCCCACUUGGUGCCAUCAGAUGAGAUAACAGUGUACUACCACUGCCAGCCAGAGGGGGAGUACUUGCACUCUGUCAUCCAGGCUCACACAGACUUCAUCCUAGCUACCAUCAAGGCUCCACUGCUGUCCUUCCCUGUUCCCAACACUGCCAGUGUUAUCAUACAGGAAAAGACUCAGCUGAAAGGCUCAGACUUGGAGUUUAUCAUUGUAAAGGGAUCCUCAGGUUCUCGGGUCUCUCUAAAUGGACCAGCUUGCAGCUAUGUGAACCUCAGGGUGAAGGUCAACAAGAAAGAACAAGAUGGUGUGGUGCUGCUGGAAAACCCCAAAGGAGAUAACAGACUUGAUGUGGACAAGCUGAAGAGAGUGUGCAGCAGCAUCUUUGGAACAAAUAACACCCAGCUCAGAUUCUUCAGUGGAGGAACUGAAUUGACCAGUCAAAUGGACCUCCAGGCUUUGAGUGGUAAAACGUUGUCAGUCACUUCAGGCUCCAUGCCCCCUGGCCCUGUCCCCUCCUCCGACGCCCUCCUGUGUCCAUAUGUGAACCUGCUGCUCUGCAACGCACAGCCAGCUGAAUGCCAGACGGGAGAGGUUGGCACCCUUCUACUGGUGAAUCCAGUGGGCCAGAAUGGGCUUGACUACUCAGGCCUUCUAUCUGAGGCGGCCAAGGUUUUCGGCCUUCGCAGCAGAUGGCUUAAACUCUACCUGGACCAGGACCUCACCCAGGAGCUGCCAGCUGAUACAUCUGCAAAAUCUCUAGACACCAAAACUUUGUUUGUGAGAGUUCUUCCAACAACUGCUGAAGCAUAAUUCGAUAAAAAAAAAAAAAAAAUCCUGGAAUCUCACUGUCAACAUUUGUCUUGGAUAUAUCAUAAAAUUCACACCUUUAAGUUUUAUACCCACUGAUGCCAGCAGCCGCUGAUAAGAAUACGUGUUGAUAAGUGUUCAGGCACAACAUUAGUGUGGUUAAAGAUCAUGACAGUUAUGUGUAAAACAAAUAAGACCUGAUAACUUUUCAUCUCUCUUAAAUCCAUAUUGCCUUUCUUUUGUCACCAGUUCUCAGCGAUAGCAUUCUAAGACAGCACAAUGUGUAAUUGGACUGUAUUUAUUCUGGACUUAAAAGUGGGCAUACUUCUACAUAUCUUUUUUUCACAGCAGCUGAACACAGUUACUGGACAGGUGUAGGAAUGCGAGUAUGAGUUUGGACAGUAAUUUGGAAAUUAAGAUAAACAAGAUCUAUCUUGUCAAUAUUACUUUAUUUUUAUUGAAGCAGUUAUGACGAAUUAUGCAAACUACUUCCCGUCUAGGUAGCAACACCAAUUCACCUUUUUUUUUUUUUUUUCUUUAAAGAAAUCUACUGCAAUGUUUGGCUGAAUUUGAGUGUAUGUCUAUUUAUAUGGCACUUUCAAAAUGUAAUCAGGCUGUUUCCAAAUCAUGUUUUUUUUUGUCUUCCCGUACUCCUGGGUUAGGGUUAGGGUUAAGUACUCUAGUUUGGGGAUCACUGGUCCAGAAUAAUUAUUGCUGUAGCUCAUGAAUGGGACCCAAUUUAGCGUAUUGCCAUUGGGGCAGCCCAUGGCCAAGAGGAAAGGAAUUGUGCUUGUAACUGGAGAGUUGUCAAUUCAAAUCCAGAGACUAGUCAAGGGCCCCUGAGCAAGGCACCCAAUCCCCCCAUUGCUCCCGGGAUGCAGAUAAGUGCUGCCCACUGCUCCUGCGCUCGGCUUGAGUUUGAUGGGUUGAAUGCAGAUGUCAAUUUCACUAUCACUAAUUGUUGUGUGUGUCUAACCAUUUCUAAUUUCACACAUAAACUCAUUAUUUUGUUACAUGUGAAUCCUUUGACAAAAUGAAAAGGCAUUCAAAUAAUGAAAUAUACUUUCAGGCUGUUGUGCCUUUGGGAUAAAGUCAUCCUGUUAUAAAAAAAAUGGCAACACAAUGGACAAUGUACUAUUUUAGGUGACUAAUGGAAUAAAUAAAAGGUGACUGAGAUUCAAAAUUGA